AUAUCCGAGGUUUUGUUGCUUGGCGAAGGUUUAUCAAUCAUCAAUGGCGUUGCUACAGUUCAUGUGCUCCGUAACGCCACUGGCUCGUGCUGCCCGGUCACGUGCCCUCGUCGUCUCCUCCUCUCGCACCAUCGUCACUGUUCCCACCACCACCACCACCACCACCGCCGCCGCCGCCACUACCACCAAGAUAAAGGCCUCGCUACCAGACUCGAACGUGCUUCUCGGCAUGUCAGAGGAACAGCUUCAACAGCUAGCUACUGACUUCGGCCAGCAAAGUUAUAGAGGCAAACAGUUGCAUCAUCUCCUGUACAAACGAAGGGUUAAGGAAAUUCAAGAAUUCAGCCAGAUUCCUCUAGCAUUCAGAACCGAACUCCAGGAAGCUGGUUGGGUGGUCGGACGAUCAUCUGUGCAUAGUUCUGUAACUGCAGCUGAUGGCACUAUCAAGUUGCUGAUAAAAUUAGAAGAUAAUCGACUGGUGGAAACUGUCGGCAUACCAGUAGCAGAUGAUAAAGGUUCUGUUCGCCUUACAGCUUGUGUCUCAUCACAGGUAGGCUGCCCUUUACGCUGCUCAUUUUGUGCUACUGGAAAAGGCGGCUUCUCAAGGAACCUUAAGGGGCACGAGAUUGUUGAGCAGGUGUUGGCAAUAGAAGAGGUCUUUAACAAUAGGGUUACUAAUGUGGUAUUCAUGGGAAUGGGUGAACCAAUGUUAAACUUGAAAGAAGUCCUUGCUGCUCACCGAUGCUUGAACAAGGAUAUACAAAUAGGACAAAGGAUGAUGACAAUUUCCACUGUUGGCGUUCCAAACACUAUCAAGAAACUUGCUUCCCACAAACUUCAAUCGACAUUGGCUCUUAGCCUUCACGCUCCAAAUCAAAAACUAAGAGAAAAGAUUGUGCCAAGUGCCAAGUCAUACCCUCUAGAGGCAAUUAUGAAGGAUUGCAGGGACUAUUUUCAUGAGACUAGUAGACGUGUAUCCUUCGAGUACACACUUUUAGCCGGAGUCAAUGAUGACGUGGAGCACGCGAAAGAACUUGCAGAAUUACUUCAUCAAUGGGGACCAGGAUACCAUGUGAACCUCAUCCCAUUUAACCCAAUAGAUGGCACUGAAUAUAAGCGCCCUUACAGAAAAGCGAUCAAUGCAUUUCAAUCUAUGUUGGAGUCACGUAAAAUAACAGUCAGUGUACGUCAGACACGAGGUCUAGAUGCAAGUGCAGCUUGUGGGCAGCUACGAAAUGAGUUCCAGAAAAGUCCAUUGGUCAUACCCUCCAUUGAUGACAUCACAUCCUCCAUUGAUGACAUCACACCCUCGGUUGAUGACAUAAUUUCUAAUUCUGAACCUGAACCUGGACCUGAACUUGAACAAGAAGCUGCAGUUGCUUGUUGAUAAUAUAUAGGCUCAUAGGAUGGGUCAAGGGUCCAACCAUUUUUGACAGUUUACUGACCAGGGUCUGUUGGCUUUUAUUAGUGAAUUGUUUGUAUCUUUUAUGACAUUUUUUCAUUUCUGUCAUUGUUCUUCGGUGU